CGACUAAUGGUUUGACUUUGUGUUUGAAAGUGAGAUAAGAGUCAUAAGAAUAAGAAAGAUCCCGGAAAUGUCAUCUUCUUCUUCUCCUUUGAAUGCUCAUUGCCAAGUCAAGUCCAUUGUGGAGGUUUGAAUUUGAAUUUGAAUUUGAACUAGAACUCCCCUACUUAAUUUCCUAUAGAGUAUGUCCCCUUCUCUUUUUAACCUCCAUUUCAAAUUCUCAUAAUUCAUUCAAAUUUUCCUAAAUCAUAAACCCUAAAUUAACUGCCAAAUAAUAUAGCGGGUGCUUGCAAUGAGUGACAUGAGAAGUGAUAAUCUGGGUUAUUCCCCAGCGGUUGAUAUAACAGGCAAGAUAAUGGUGGUGGUCAUAAUAAUUCUGUUCUUGAUUGUUGUGACUUUUGUUUUCUUCCAUCUUUAUGCGAAAGGAAUCUGGUGGAGUGACACAAUCCAGAACAAUUCCCAAUCACAGCGUCCACAACAAAGAGGAGGAGGAAGUGGGCUUGAUCCUGAGCUACUAAAGUCCCUACCCGUAACGGUAUACCAAUCAGAUGGUUUGGAAUUAAUGGAGUGUGCUGUAUGUCUAUCGGAAGUAGUUGAAGGAGAAAAGGUGAGGAUUUUGGGUAAAUGCAACCACGUAUUUCACGUUGAUUGCAUUGAUAUGUGGUUCCAUUCCCAUUCUACAUGUCCUCUUUGCAGGACCACUGUUGAACCCUUUCAAGAAUUACAAUUACCAUUGUCUUCUUCUUCGUCUACUUUUCCCACAAAUGUCUUGAUUUGGGGCAACCACAACAACAACCAAAUAAUUACUAGUAGCUCUUCUACUACUGCUUCUGCUUCUUUCGAAGAAAACAAAACUGCUUCUACUUCUGCUUCCUCCUCCUCAUUAGGAGAAAGUGGUCGUGAUAAUGGAAUAUUAGUAAUUGAUAUACCCAAUGACUGUGAACGUGAUUAUGAGUGUGAGGUGAGUUCAUCAUCGUCAUCUUCGUCGCCGUCGCCGUCAACAGGAGGAGGAGGGAGACUGAGAUCAUUGAAGAGGCUUUUAAGCAGCAGCAGAGGGAUAAUGAGCCUAAACCCUUGGAGUCCAACUUCCACUUCUACUUCUACCGAUGUCAAACAAGCUAAGCCAAGCAGCCGGUCCUAGCUAACAGCUAUGCUCUAAUUUUUCAAUUGUUUUAUUAUUCCUUCAUUAAUUAUUAUUGAUUUUAUUGCCAUCUUAUGUAAUUUAAAAUACCAUAACUAAAAGAGAAGAAUAAUGGAGUUGUGUCAGGGUUUUUUUUUAUUCAGAUACAUUAUUUUUGUUUAAUUUUUCAUAGAACCGAAAAUUAAUGAGUUACGUUGAUUGUAGAUUUU